AUGGCUGCGAACGAAGCAGUUGACGCGCUCCAAAACGAGCUCGGCUCUCUCACCUGCCAGGAUGAGCAAAAACUUUCUCCCUUUAAAAAGCUACCGCCCUGCGUUUUCGUCGCGCUGGCGCAGCGCUACCUCGAUGGUUCGCAACGAGUCGCGCUGGCGGCGAGCGAGAAGUACGCGCGCGAAACACUCGUGACAACUGGUGAGCACGCGCCGACGGUGUGGCGGGUCACGCUGCUCUCGCAAGCGGACGCGGUGCGCAUGCUCUCGACGGUCCCGCCCCGCGCGUACGCGCCGUUGCGUUGGACGAACGAGCUCGUGCUGCUCGAUUCUGAUACGCGAGGCUUCUCUCGCACAACCAUCACCCGAUACUGGCAGGGACUCUCACUUUUCAUUGAUAACGCGCCCGCACUAUCGGUGGUGCGCAUGCGCAAGGCGUGGAGACUCUCGUCUCUCGUGUUCGCAGCGGUUGCGCGCCGUUCGGCCAUGCGGCUCGAAGUCGCAUCCACUCUUACGCCGCUAAAAGUAGUUGGUCUCGGCGUGGAUGCUGACGUCCUGGCGCGCGAGGGUCGGCUCUUGUGCUCAAAACUGGCGUGUGUCCCCCCAAAUCCUUGGCCCUCCGACGACAGCUCGUGGCUCCGGCUGUGGAAUCAACCGGCUCUCGUCGAGCUCGACUUGUCGGGUCAAUCGCUCGUCGAGCUGCCGGAGGCCCUCGUCCCGUUAUGCACGCUGCGCGUUCUCCGCGCCGACUACAUGCCACAGCUGGAGGAAACAGCCGUGCUCGCGCGUGGGCCGCCCAUGCUCGAGGUGCUUACGCUGAACGGAAACAAUAACUUAACCGCGCUGCCUACGGAGUACGCCUGCGCGUCGUCUCUCGUGCGCCUGGAGCUUGAAGGAACUCUAGAUGGCUGGGGUGCAUGGGACUUCAUCAAUGAUUUGCCAAAUCUACGCCGCCUCAAAUUCCACUAUGGGACUUACAAAUCUGCCAGGCACAACGACGUAUUAGCCACCCAUCCCUGUCUCGCCCCUUCUCUGCUUGAGUUUGUUGGUUUCAUCCUCGGGAGAAACCAUAACGAAUAUCUCCGAGAAUACAUACUCGACGCCGUUCCAUCUAUGUCGCCCUCCCAGGUAAAGGAUCUCGAGCUCGCCGCGCACGAGAUGCGGGUUACCGACAUUCCCGACGAUAAGGCAGCGAUGGAGGCCUUCAUGGUCGAUCUCCGGGCACUUAUGGCUGGCAAGCCGCUCCAGUCGCCGCCCGUGGUGGUGGAAAAUCUUGAUGAUGUGGAGGACUACCAGCGGAAGGCCGACCCGGACGACGAGGACUACUGCGGGCCUGUGGCCGACUAUUACGGGCCUGCGGCCAUGAAAGCAGACGCGCUUGCGGCCGCCAACGCAGCCUUCGCGGCGGUCGCGGCAGAGCGUGACAGGCUCGCGGUGGAGCGCGACGGGCUCGCUGCGGCGGCGGCGGGGCGGCUCGCAUUUCGGGCCCCGAGUCCUGUCGUGGAAGUCUCGCCGGCCAAGCCCUUCGUCUUCGGCGCAAGCGUCGCGGAACCGCCCGCCGUCACGCCGGAAACGCACUCGGACAAGCCCUUCGCCUUUGGCGCAAACGCCUCGGGACAAGAGGAGCCCUUCGUCUUCGGGGCGCGAAAGUAG